GCUAUAAUGAGUUAUCGAUUAAUAAUAUUUACAUGAACUUUGUUGGAUGUAUAAAGUGUUGAGAAUUGUUUUUACAAAUGAAAUGCACUUUAGAUGGCGGAAAUACAAAAGUUUUUGCUAAAGCUGUGCAAUCACUUUCAAAGUUCGGAGGAGAUUUAUUCAUUGAGGCUGAUGGUGAUGGAAUGCAGUUGCGCACGCUAAAUCCAACUAAGUCCGCUGUUGGUACAUAUCGUUUCAGUAGAAGCUUCUUUGACUGUUACGAAGUCCAACAAAAUGAAGAAAGUUAUUGUAAACUUGAUAUGCGAGCUUGUCUCACUGUAUUUCGAAAUACAAAGCAGGUGGAACGAUGCGAUAUGGCUCUUUUAUGCGACAGAACAAAGUUUCAGAUACAAUUAAAAUGUCAACAUGAAACAUUAAAAAAUACGUUUAUUUCAGUUGAUGAUGAGGAAAAUAUUACCGCAGAAAUGACACCAGAAAACAGUUGCAACACUAUUUGUGGUUCACAUAAAAUAUUUACUGAAAUAUCAAAUAACUUUAAUCCAGCGGAGGAAGAAAUUACUUUAGAAGCACAAGAUAAGAAAAUAAAUAUAAAGAACUAUGUUGAAGGUUCGAGAGUUAAUGAAAAAUUCAUGCGGUCUCAGCUGCAAUUAAACGCCGAUGAGUUUGAAAGUUACAAAAUUGAAAACGAAACGUCCAUAACAUUUUGCUUAAAAGAGUUUAGAGCGUUUCUCAUGUUUGCUGAGGCACUGAAUGAAUGCUUAAGCUUGCAAUUCGAUGACGCCGGCAGUCCAGUUUUCGUUUGUAUAUCACAUAGAGAUGAAAUAAAUUGUCUUCUUAUUAUGUCUACUUUGUCACCAGAAGAAGUAAGUUUUUAUGACAAUUGUCAAGAAAGUGAAGUCCAAGAAUGCACGACUUCGAAAACAAAUCAGAAAAGGAGACUAAAAUCCUCGAAGGUACCAAAUCAGUGUAAAACCAUUAGGAGAGAAGCGGAGCAGAAGUGUAUUGCUGAAGAUACGACUCUUAGCAAUAGUUCAUCAUUAUUUGCUUUUGAAAACAGUAGUAGUAAACGCAGUUACCCGUCGUCUGUUGCUAUCCCUCGUAAUUGUGACGCAGCUGCGACAACAUCUAAUCUCAAUGAAAGUAUUCUUUUACUGCCAGAAGUAUCUGAAGAAACAAACAGAAUGCAGAUGUUGGAUAGUAAUGUUGACUCUGCGUUAUUAGUCAGUGAAGGUUUAGAUAACGAAGAAAAUGAUGAUUGCAUUCCUGAUUCUCCUAAGCGCGAAGGAAGAACUAACUUGCGUUCUAUAUUUUCUCGCUGUUUCCAAUCUACAUAUGUACCAAUGGAGCCUUCAACGAGUGGCCAAAUAUUUGCACUUGAUUCAGACCCAGAAUAAUAAAUUAAAGUUCUCUUUGUAAAAAGUGUGA